AGGACACUCAAAAAACUUAAAGAUCAAAGAGGGCGAUUUUAUGAACAUCUUUGCAUAUUGGAACAAAGUCCAGCUUGCCAAGGCUUAGGUUUACAUUCAUUUUUAAUGUUACCUAUGCAAAGGAUAACCAGGUUUCCUCUUCUUAUUGACGCUGUUUUGAAAAGGCUAGAUCAAAGCGAUGAUGAAUAUCCUAUUUGCCAAUCUGCUCUGUCUAUUUUAAAUAACAUUGUCCAUCAAUGUAAUGAAGCUGCAAGACAAACUGAGCAUAUGGCCGAAUUGUGCCGCCUUUCCCGACUUCUUGAAUAUCCCCAAUAUAUAACACCUGUCCAAUUAGUACCUAGAAAAGUUCCACGCCGAGUGCUGGUGCGAUCUGGUGAACUGACCCAAAUAUCGUGCAGAGGGGAUGACGGUGGACCAGUCACCAGUAACAAACUCACUUUCGGGAAGAAGCUGAUCAAAACAGUUCUUAACUUUUUCUUGUUUACCGAUGUUAUGAUAAUAGCAAAGAAAAAAAGUGAUGAGAACUAUAUGGUAGUUGGACAUUGCCCCAGAUCUCUGAUAACAGUUAUUGGAAAUGGACCAGAAGGCGGACACAUAUGGCCUGGUAAAGAAGCUCCAGCCAAACAUAUGCUUUUACUUACAAUACUCGAAAAUCAUGAAGGAAAGACUGUUGAAAUGUUUUUGUCGUGCGCAAGCGAAAGCGACCGGCAAAGAUGGUUAGAGGCCUGGUCACCACCUUCGUCCGACAAUCCUGAUGAAGUUUUGUAUGAAGAUUGGGAUUGCCCACAACUCAUAGCCAGACACCAAUAUUUACCCAGACAACCGGACGAACUAGGAUUAGAACCUGGUGAUGUGAUUAAUGUAAAUCGCAAAAUGGCUGAUGGAUGGUACCAUGGCGAACGAAUUCGAGAUGGCGCAAAGGGAUGGUUUCCUGGUAAUUAUACAGAAGAAAUAGGUUCUCCCCAUUUAAGAGCACGUUAUCUGAAACAAAGAUAUCGUCUAAUGGCUUACAAUGCAAAUUUUGAGCAACGCAGAAAAAGAUGAUAGAUAUUUAGUUUUUUUAACAAUGUUAUUAUUACUGUAAAUUAAAAUUACAUAGAACUGAAUUAAAGCAAAUUGCAUAGCAAAUUUUAAUAGUGACUACUGAUAAUUACCAUAUGCAAUAAUAGUUUUAACUCAUUUUAUUCCCUUAUUUCACAUAUAUAC